UUUUAAAAUGGUUCUGAUAUGUCCAGUAACACCCUCCUCAGCAAACCUGCGCAGGCUCAGCCCCUCGCUCGUGGGAGAAGUGGAACAAGGUUGCGCUGGGCUCGCAAGCCGCUGGCGGGCUCCCAGGUGUAGCGGAAAGGUCUUUAUUUGAACAGGUUGAGUUAAACACGAAGGAGGGGACUGUUCUGAGGCCGAGUUCUGCACCGCUGUGGCCUCAGGCCCGACCUUCAGCCAUCUAUCGGGGGUGGCUGCGGCACUGCGCAUGCGCGGGGCACCCCUGCCCACAACGCCCAGCGGGGCAGCAGCCUCGGGAGCGCCGCUGCGCAUGCGCAGGGAAACGGCCCGCCCAACAGCGCAGCGGCUUCCGAAACGCCAAUGCGCAUGCGCAGGGCACCACCUGCCCACAUCAUCCCUGCCAAGCAGCAGCCUCGAGAGCGUCGUUGCGCAUGCGCCGCCCCAGACCGCGCCGCUCCUCGCCCGCUUUCUCUCGCUCCCCAUGGCCCCUCCCCGGCUUCCGUAGCCAGCUGCUUCGCGGAGGAGGAGCAGGAUGGAUGUUCUGCGGCCCACCCUGAUAAGGAUCGAGGGGCGAGUGUACAGGAAGAAUCUCAUUCAAGAGCAGCCGUACCAGCACGAGGAGGAGCAGGAUUUCUUUGCAGGCCCUGGUGACUGCGCAGACGAACCCUGUGAUACCUUUGUGCUGGAAGAGACUGAGAACGGCUUCCAGUGCCGAGUGGAGGUUCCCAGCCCGUUUUACAAGUACAUCAUUGGCAAGAAAGGGGAAACCAAGAAGAGAUUGGAAACAGAGACUCGAACCUCCAUCAGCAUUCCCAAGCCUGGAGUGGAAGGAGAAAUUGUGAUCACAGGGCAGCACCGCAGCGGUGUCACCUCUGCCCGCACGCGGAUCGACGUCCUGCUGGACAGCUUCCGUAAGAAGCAGCCCUUCACACACUUCCUCUCCUUCGCUCUCAACCAGCCCGCCAUCCAGGAGAGGUUCCUGCAGUUCAAGGAGGAAGUGUUGGAGAAAUGCUCGAAGGAUCACGGGGUCAGUAGCAGCCUGUUCCAGAACCCCGCAAAGCUUCACCUGACUCUCGGGACACUGGUACUUCUGAACGAACAAGAGAUCCGGAAAGCGUGUGACCUCCUACAGCGAUGCAAAGAGGACUUUGUAGACCAAAUUGCUGGAGGCGAGCCCCUGACCGUGGAGGUGGCAGGAGUGGAAUACAUGAACGAUGACCCUGCCGUGAUGGACGUCCUUUACGCCAAAGUCCGCAUGAAGGAUGGCUCGGACAGGUUGCAAAUGAUUGCUGAUCAACUGGUGGAAAGGUUUGUAGCCUCUGGCCUGAUGCUUAAAGAAUGGGAUAGGGUGAAACUGCAUGCUACAGUCAUGAACACUCUCUUCAGGAAAGAUCCAAGUGCCGACGAGCGAAACAAUACAAUGACUGGUAAAUCAUCUUUCAAGGAACGGGAGUCGUUUAAUGGCCGAAAUAUCCUCAAGGAACGAAGAGAACAAUUUUCCUGGGUGGAGAGCUCACUGUGAAGGAAAGAAGAGUCCAUAUGAAUAACCAUUUUGUCAGACAGAGGUGUGAAGGUUUGGGGUGAGAGCUGGGAAUCAUCCUUCCUUCCCAGAUCAGCCAAAACCAAAAGAGAAAGGAGACCAACCCCCUUUUUACUCCCAUCUCUUAUUAAUGAGACAUUUUAUCCUAAGUCCUCUAGCAUGAACUACGCAGGCUUUUGGGAACAGAAUUAAUCUUUAAUUGUAUAAAUCUUUAAUUGUAUAAAAUGAAGUUUGUAUGGCUGUAGUCAUUUCUCUUCUCUCUUUUCCUCCUCUCCCUGUUUGAGAUGCUCCCUUAGCACAACUCCUUUUCAAUGGGGUGCCCUGCUUUAGCCGCACACACGGUGUCCCCCAAAACCAGGCUGCUGUGGAGGGACCUCUUGCUGGGACGGGGACCUGUGCGACCUCCAUAGCGAGGCACCUGGCUCCUGCCAAGUAUGUGCUGGGAAGAACUGGCAGCCAGUUGCGGCUUAAUACGAGCCUGAGCGAUUAGCGGUGAAUUACUUCGGGCCCUAUGCAAAGUACAUCCUUGUGCUGGGGGCCAUAAGGGACAAGCGUCACCCCAAAGGCAGGAUGGGGUGCAGGUGAGCUGGAUGCUGCCCACUGCCUCUCCUAGGUGGGCACACUGGGAUUACAUGGUCCAGUGCAGAGAAACCCAGUUCUUCGUGGUGUUUGUGCUAACCCAGGUGCUUUUUGCAGAAGUGGCUUGAACUCAGGAGGUUGGAGGAGCAGGAGGAGGUGGUCCCUGGCAGGGGCAGCUGGCAGCGAGAGCUCUGCGGCACGUCCGAAUGCAGCUGCAGCUGUUUCAAACCGAAGCAGGGGCUUAGGGACCGCCGAGAGCUGGCUCUGCACGCAUAAAUACCCCUUCUCUUCAGAAAUCCCAUUCUGACUGUCGUGUGUCCAUGGGGAAUUGCUGGCCUCAGCCAAAUCCUGGGUGGAGAGCUGUCUGGGUGAGCUGGCAGGCUGGAGCAGGGCCGGAUUCAUCGUAGCGCCCAGCGUCUGGUUUGCGGCGCGCAGACCUCGGUGGGACUCCCUGGCUGAAGCCCUGCUUGCUCUGCCCUGAAGAUGGGCAGGGAAUCGCUUGCCCUAAGACAUUUGUCCUUUGUGGAUGUAGCUGGUCCCCUUGCUAUAAAAAAAAAAGGAUAUUUGCAAAGGAGAAUACCCUUGGGAGAACCAACAAAAGAGCAGUCAUGCCCAAAUCAGUGCCAGGCAGAGCCAAAUGCCUUUCUGGAGGAGGAGAAGUGCAGCCUUUCAGAUGCUAAUGAGGUAUUUGGGGUUUUGAUCAUCUGCUGUAUGGAGGAAUUGAUGCACCAUUGGCUCUAGGAGGACAUGUUGUAAUUAAUGCAUUGGCUUUCACUGGCCAUUAGGGUUUGUGCCUUCUAUGAUGGUAGGAAGGGCUGUUCGACUUGCUUGAGCUGAUGCCUGCAGGGACAGAUAGAAAAUCCAAUAGGAGGCAGAUGGAAUGGGCAUUUUGGAGAUCUCUGUGGUGGGGAGAUGUCACUGCUCAGGCCCUCGGUGCCUCGCAGCGCUCCCGUUAAGCGGAGUUUUGAAAUCAGCAUCUCUGCUGAAAAGCUUUUGCUCAGGCACGACUGAUGUUUCUAGGUAGAGCCAUUUCCUGCGACUUAAUGGAACGGGAGGAGCGCUCUGCGCUUGGACACGAUGCCUUUCCAGCAAUAUCACUGAAAUUCCCCAUAAGAAAUUCUGAUGUCAUUUUUUUGGUCUGCUUCAUAGAUUGGAUUAAUCAGCAGAGACACGCCCCCCGGGUCCCAGAGUUGCUUUGCUUUCAUUAAUUUGCACUCGAGUCUUUGCCGAACAAAGAAGGGUUUGUUGAACAAAGCAGGGUCAGUGCUGGGAUGAAGAGCCUUGCGCCUCGAGCCUCCUAGUUUGAAUUAGGACUGAGCCGUCGCUCUAAGUCAUCCAUCCUGUGGCUUGGAUUAGUAAAAACAUCCUGGCCUCAAUCCUCGCUCCUGCGGAACCCGCGACCCCAAGGGCCACCCCGAAGUGGUGGAAUUGGGGCGAUGAACACCCUCCCCAAGCUCCCGAAAUGAGACACAGGCAGAAAGCGAGGUAGGGAAGGUUUGAGCAACUGCUGCUGUAGAUAAGAAGAGAUGUUCGCUUCACACUCUGUUUGCUUCACAGGCUCUAGAGGGAAAAGUGAUUUAAAGAAUAGUUUCGUUAAAGGCAAAACAAGUCUACGAGUAGGGGCUUUUUGCAGGGCUGGCUCUUGCAAGGGACCCAUGGACCGGCUGCUGGCUGCAUUUCUCUAGGUGCCCCUCAAAUGGUUUUUCUCCUCUU